CAAAAACAUGGCAUUAAUUGUUGAAGGACUGGUCGGCUCGUCGGAUUGUGGAGCACGAGCUGGAAAGCCGAUUCUCGUGGAACCAGCAGCGCAUCAAGAUCAAGUAAAGAGGAGCUAAUGGCUAUAAGAUACUCCUGAAAAUUCCUACCGUCUUGGCACAACGUCAAUCCUCCUCGAACUUUGAAUCUAGCGUAUGGAUCUUCUUCUGCUUCGAUUUUUCUGUUUCUCUGCUGUCGCUAAGAUAUAUGCUCUUCGCCUUUGUUGUUGUAACAGAUCAUGAGCGAGGAAACCCGUCCUUUGAUCAGUGGCAAGCGAGAACGUUACGAAGAUGAGGAGCUCGUACUCACGCCUUUUACUGCUUUUGCUAGAAAGGUCCACCGAUCCGAUCCAUCUCUUCGAUCAUGCUAACUUCUUUGGCCUUGUUCUCAUCUUGAAGGUUGGUGCCGAGUUCAUUGGAACGUUCAUUCUCAUCUUCACCGCCGCGGCAACUCCUAUAGUGAACAAGCAGCUCGGUGGUCUUUCGGUCUUUGCACUGUCUGCUACUCCCGCCCUGGCCGUGACGACCAUCAUCUUCUCAACCGGCCAUAUUUGUGGAGCGCAUCUAAAUCCAUCCGUCACUAUAAGUUUCGCCGCUCUCGGACAGUUUCCUUGGAUCCAGGUUCCCGUCUAUAUUGUCGCGCAGCUCCUGGCAUCUGUUCUGGCCUCUUUCAUUCUCAAAGGGGUCUACUAUCCAGAUAUCGCCGCAGGAGUGACGGUUCCCAUUGGAUCGGACCUCCAAGCUUUCGUCCUGGAGCUCGUGAUAUCCUUCAUCCUCAUGUUUGUCAACACAGCACUCGCCACCGAUAGAUCUGCGGUUGGAGACAUGGCAGCCGUCGCAGUGGGCGCUACAGUGUUUGUCAACAACUUGGCCGCAAGCCAAGCAACUGGAGCAUCGAUGAAUCCAGCCAGAACUAUCGGCCCUGCCAUCGCCGCCAAUUGCUACAAGAGCCUCUGGGUCUACAUAGUCGCACCGACGCUUGGUUGUCUUCUCGGUGCCGCCGGCUACACGAUCGUGAGAACCACCGGCGCGAGCAAGCCCAAGAAAUGGGGAAGAAACGAGCUGCUCCAGUGAGUAAGUGAAUAUUCCGGGUUUGAAUAAGAAUAUCCUACCUCAAGUCGCGAAAAAGCUAAGCAUUUCGUUCUCCAUGACGUGAACGUUGCCGGUGAUGACGAGACAAUGCAAAGGCGCGCCAAACUCCGUUGCUUCCAAUUGUUUGAGCGUUCCAGCCACUAUCUUCUGUGACUUUGUUCCUAGGCGUGCCAAUCCUACUGCCAGAGUCUCGUCACUGUAAGCUGGAAGAAGUAAAAAAGUUAGAUCUUUGAUUGAUUGAUCCAAA